AUGAAUGUAAACGAAUCUGAUGAGAAGAUGAAUACAUCAAAUAACGAUCAAAUAACACCAUUAUUACCUAUAACAUUCAAUGUUGCAAGAGAAUUAAAUUGUUUAAGAACGAUUGAUUCAUUAUAUGUUAAGCAACGUCAUUCUGCCAGAGAAAUUAUAUUGGACAUUCCAUCUUCAGCUAAAUUUGAUAUUUAUAGUAAUAAUGUACGAAUAUUACAAGCUUUAGAAACUUCAUCACUUUUGCAACGUUUAUCUUUUGGACCAAGACGAAGUGUUACAUUACGUAUUAUUGAUAAUAAUAAUCAGGUUGUUAUUCUUAUGAAACGUGAAUCCAAAUGUGGUGGAGGAUGUUGCUGGUUUGCUAAUGUCGAAUGUUGUAGUGAAAAAAUGAUGGUCGAAUCACCACCUGGAACAUUCAUUGGUUAUGUAUCUCAAGAGAAAAGUUAUUGCCGACCUAUGUUUGCCAUCAAAGAUAGCAACGAUAAUCAUAUUUUCACUGUACGUGGUCCUUUAGGAUUGUGUGAUGAAGGAUUGAGUUGUCGUUAUGAAAACAAAUAUAGAUUAAUUGGUACAGAUAGAAUUACAGAAGUUGGAUUUAUUGAAAAAAGACAUCGUGGUUUUUUGACAGAAACAUUUACAAGUGCCGAUGCAUAUUUUCUUAAAAUUCCAAUGGAUCUUGAUCUUAAAAUGAAGGCACUAUCACUUGCUGCUCUGUUUCUCAUUGAAUAUAUGUUUUAUUCAACUGUUUCACCUUCUUAG